AUGCAGAGGAUGACAACGAAGAUGAUACGGUGUUUUUGGAGCCUGUUACGCGAAAAGGAAGCACUUAUGACGUCGAACCCUCUUCACAACUUUAUGAUACAAUACAAAAAUACAACACCUGAGCUAUUGGAUGCAAUAAGAAAAGUUAGAGAUGAGCUUCAAAUAGACUUGAACUUUAAAGGAAAUCAGACAACUAUUGAAUCAUAUUUCAAUAGAGUGUAA